CGUGCGAGGUUAUGACGUUGAAUACACGGAAACUGUUUACGUUAGUAGCGGUUGUUGGUGGUUUAGCUGUGAUUCGAGCAGGCUUUUCUCAGUUUAAACGUUAUUAAUUGAUAAGUAUCGGUUGUUUUAUGUUUAUUGUUGCUGGUCAGAAUGGGGAAGGCGGAUUUUCUCUCCCCCAAGGCGAUAGCCAACCGGAUAAAAUCCAAAGGUCUCCAGAAGUUGAGAUGGUAUUGUCAGAUGUGUCAGAAACAAUGCCGCGAUGAGAAUGGCUUUAAAUGUCACUGCAUGUCCGAGUCCCACCAGAGGCAGCUGCUGCUGGCCUCAGAGGACCCAAACAAGUUCAUGGACCAUUUCUCUGAUGAGUUCAAAAGCGAGUUCUUGGAGCUGCUCAGAAGACGUUUUGGGACCAAGCGAGUGCACAACAACAUUGUCUACAAUGAAUACAUCAGCUUCAGGGAGCACGUCCACAUGAACUCCACACAGUGGGAGACUCUCACAGACUUCACCAAGUGGCUGGGCAGAGAAGGUCUCUGCAAGGUGGACGAGACCCCUAAAGGCUGGUACGUCCAGUACAUCGACCGCGACCCGGAGACCAUCCGCCGCCAAGAAGAGCAGGCGAGGAAGAAGAAGCAGGAACUGGACGACGAGGAGAAGACCGCCAGGUUCAUCGAGGAGCAGGUCCGCAGAGGCCGCGACGGCAAGGAGAUAGACGAAACUCCAGUUUUCACAGAGCUGAAACGCGAAAGUGAAGAAGAAAAAGUUGCUUUCAACCUGGGCGCCUCCUCAUCUGUAGCCGGGCCUUCCAAAUCAAGUGCUUCCCUGGGUCCUAGUGCUCUCAAAGCAGCAGCAGCAUCAUCCUCCUCCUCGACCAAGAGGAAAGACACCAGUUCAGACACCAGGGGGGAGAAGAAGAAGAAAUCCGCUCUGGAAGAGAUCAUGGAGAUGGAGGAGAAGAAGAAGCAGUCGGUCAGAACGGAUCACUGGCUGCAGCCCAACAUUGUGGUCAAAGUUGUCACCAAGAGACUGGGAGAGAGGUACCACAAGAAGAAGGCUGUCAUCAUGGAGGUCCGAGACAAAUAUGGAGCCGUGGUGAAGAUGAUCGACUCUGGAGACAAACUGAAAUUGGACCAGAAUCACUUAGAGACGGUCAUACCUGCGCCAGGUAAACAGGUUAUGAUCCUGAACGGUCCGUACCGAGACGCCAAGGCUCUGCUGGAGGGAAUAGACGAAAAGAACUUCAGCGCUACGCUCACGCUCGACUCUGGUCAACAGAAGGGGAAGAGAGUGAACGUCGCCUACGAGGAUUUCUCAAAACUGGCUUGAACGAACAACCUUCCUGUUCUAACCUCAGGCAGCCGUUUGGCUGAGGGACUCUACUGUGUCAGAGUUACUACCCCCAAGAUUCACCUGUACAUAUACACACCCCCACAGUGCAUUACCAGCGAGUCAUCACAGAGAAACCCAGAACAAUGUGUUCAAUUAGUUUUUUUAUUUUGUAAUAAUAAUCAAGUUGAUCUUAACAUUGCAGAUGUACAUUUUGUCCAAAUAAACUCAACAGAAAAAAGUGA